UAUAUGUUACACUGCACAAUCACGUUAGAGCUCAACUCUAUGUAAGUUCAACUUGCUCGAAUCGUACUCAAUUUAGCUCCACUGCAAGCGUCCCGUUCCAAAAUAAUCGCGACAGUCUCUUUAAAUCAUUUUCCAAUGUCUCUAGUGAUGCCUCUGUGUUUAAUACAACAAAAGGAAGUUAUCCAGACAUGGUACAUGGUAUGUUCAUCUGCAGAGAUCAUGUCUCAGCCAAGACCUGCGAGGACUGUGUUCGCGCUGCCAUAAAGGAGAUUUCGGCUAACUGUCCACUUAAAAAUGAUGCAAGCAUAUGGUUUGAUAAGUGUUUUGUUCACUAUUCUAAUACAUCAACCUUCUCUUCUUUGGAGAAGGAUCCUUCUUUUAUCUCUACCGUAGAGAAGGAUCCGUAUGUGUGCAUGUCCAAUCAAGUCCAUAGUAGCGAUCAACCAUCGUGGUUUAAGGAACAACUGUCAGCCAUGCUUGCCAUUUUAACUUAUAAAGCAACUUCUGAUCCUUCUAACCGCGUGUAUGCUGAAGAUGUAAUUGAAACCGGUUUAGCAAAGUUCAAUGGAAUUGUUCAGUGUAAAUCGGAUUUGCCAUCAAAAGAUUGCUUCAAUUGUGUGUCUGCCGCAGCUAAUAGAGUUUCAUACUGCUUAGCUGGAAAGAAUGAAGGAAUUAUUCUGAGCCCAAACUGCAGCACAAGGUACGAGCUGAACUCUUCCACGCAAGUAAACUCAACGCAAUCGCCUGCCCCUACCAAAGGGAAAGAGAGAGGGUCAAAGAUUACGAUCAGUGCAAGUGUAUCUGCAUCAUUAGUACUGCUGGCUCUGCUGGGAAUCUGUUUGUAUUACUAUUACUCCAAAAGAAGUAAAAGAACAGAGAAUAUUAUACCAUCUCAUCAAGAGACCGAAAUGAGCAACACAGAGUUCCAGUUACUUGGCUUUGACGAUAGUUUAGUUUCAGAAAACCAAGUGGAUAUUCUAGAUUUUCCAGUGAUUGAUCUAGAUAUCAUACACAAGGCAACACAACAGUUUUCUGAGGCAAACAAGCUUGGGGAAGGAGGUUUUGGCCCAGUUUACAAGGGUACAUUAGUGGAUGGGAAGCAAAUUGCAGUUAAGAGGCUUUCAAGAAGUUCUGGCCAGGGAAUGAAAGAAUUCAUGGCUGAAGUCACUUUAAUUGCAAAAUUGCAGCACAGAAAUCUUGUGAAACUUUUGGGCUGCUCUUUGAAAAAUAAUGAAAUGCUUCUUGUCUAUGACUACAUGUCGAACAAAAGCUUAGAUCUGUUCCUCUUUGAUUCAACACGAGCAACACAACUAGACUGGAAGAAGCGUUUCAAUAUAAUUAAUGGCAUUGCUCGAGGAAUAGUAUAUCUACAUGAGGAUUCUCGACUUAAGAUCAUUCAUAGGGAUCUCAAAGCUAGCAACAUUUUGCUAGAUCAUGAGAUGAACCCAAAAAUAUCUGAUUUUGGAAUGGCGAGGAUAUUCGGGAGUAGUCAAAGCGAAGCUAAUACAAAUAGAGUUGUCGGAACAUAUGGAUACAUGGCCCCGGAAUACGCUAUGGAAGGAAUAUUUUCGGUCAAAUCAGAUGUCUACAGCUUCGGAGUUCUCCUGCUGGAGAUGAUCAGUGGGAGAAAGAACAAUGGGUUUUAUCUCUCAGGACAAGGUCAUAGCCUGCUUGAUUAUGCCUGGAAAUUAUGGUCUGAGGAUAAAGAGUUGGAGCUAAUUGACCCAUUAUUAACAAAAUCGUUAGUGGUAAAUGAAGUGCUAAAAUGCAUUCAUAUUGGACUAUUAUGUGUGCAAGAUGACCCUGCAGAAAGACCUACUAUGUCUUCUGUAAUUGUUAUGCUCGGAAGCAAUCCGACAACAUUUACUGAGCCAUCACAACCAUUAUUUUUUAUUGGACGAAUCGCUCCAUCAGCCCAGGCUCAAUCAAAUGAAAUUGGAUCUUCUGUCAACGGGGUUACUAUCUCUAAUUUCCCACCCCGGUGACUAGUUCAUAUUUUUUUACUAUAAAUUUGCUUUAUUAACUAGAACUGAACAACUGCUGAGGUUGGUGUACCACA